AUGCUCACCUGGGGCUGGUUCACGAGCAGCUGGCGGGUGCCUUCGUGCACGCCUCCGCUCGCCACGGCCGCCCGCCGCACGCUGCUCGUUAUUGGAGGCAAAGUGCCGUGCGAUGCGGGCGGGAUCAUCUACGUCGCGCCCAGUGAGUCCCUCGCCCUCCCUCCGCUCGCUCUCGCCGUGCGGGCGGCGCCGAUGCUCGACGCGGUCGACCUUCCCGAGGACAGCGCGGUGGAGGCGCUCCUUGGCGGCAGGGACGCGUCGUGGCGCGCCCCGCGUGAGCUGUUCGGCCUCGUCGCUCAGCGCAAGGCGAGCGAGGAGGAGGCGAGCGCGGCUAUCAGCGCCGUAUCGCUGCUGGCGUGGCACCGCUCCGCCGCCUUCAGCGGGACAGACGGCAGCCCGACUGCGCUUGCGGAGGAGGGCCGCCGCCGCAAGCUCGCCUCGGGGCGGACCCUGUACCCGCGCGUCGACCCGGUCGCGAUUGUCCUCGUCGAGUCGGCGGACGGCUCCCGGUGCCUCCUCGGCCGGCAGUCGCGGUACCCGGCCGGCUUCUACACCUGCAUCUCUGGCUUCGUGGAGCACGCAGAGAGCGCAGAGGCGGCGGCGGCGCGGGAGGUGCACGAGGAGACGGGCGUGGUCUGCGGCAGCGUCGCCCUCGUCGCGUCCCAGCCCUGGCCGUGCGGCCGCGGCAACCACUGCGAGCUGAUGCUCGCGUGCGCGGCUCGCGCCGACUCUGCGCCCGAGGCGGAGGCGAUCCGCGUGGCCAACGGCGACGGCAGCCCGGGCGAGCUCGAGGACGCCCGCUGGUUCUCGCGGGAGGAGGCGCGGCAGAUGCUGCGCUCGAGCGCGGCGCCGCCGGGAGGAGGGGAGGGCGGCCUGAGGACCCCGCCCCCGCUGGCGAUUGCACACCACAUGAUCCGCCGCUGGGCGGAGGAGGACCCGAGGUGGCCCUCGCUGACGUAG